AUAAGUUUCUGCUGCACUUUUCCCUCUCUGUCUCUUUUUCACUUUUGUUUCUGGAGGAACAGCUGCCCUUGCACCAUUUCCUUGCUCAGCACCAUGUCCUUGGGAGGAAUUAGGUGUCUGGUGACUGGUGCGGGUGGAUUCCUGGGUCAAAGGAUUGUUUGCCAGCUGCUGGCAGAAGAUGAGAGUUUGACUGAAGUCAGAGUCUUGGACAAAACAAUCAGCGCUGAAGCACUCCAGGAUUUUAGAAAAGUGAAGACGAACACUCUCUUGACAGUCAUACAAGGGGAUAUCCGGGAUGUGGCACUUCUUCAAACAGCAGUCCAAGGGGUCUCACUUGUCAUCCAUGCAGCUUCCAUCAUUGACACCCGAGGGCUCGUAGAUCAACAGACCCUCUGGGAUGUCAAUGUCAGGGGUACACAGCUGCUGCUGGAGACCUGCCUCCGCAAUGAUGUCCAGUAUUUUAUUUAUACCAGCAGCCUUGAGGUGGCAGGUCCAAACAACAGAGGAGAUCCCAUCUAUGAUGGUGAUGAGGACACCAUAUAUUGGAUGACCCAAGGACCACCCUAUGCUGAAACUAAAAAAGAGGCAGAGAAAUGUGCAUUGGAGUUGGACAGCUUGCCACUCAAGGGGGGCAAUAGUUUUGUGACAUGUGCUCUGAGGUCCAUGUACAUCUAUGGAGAAGGCAGUCCUUUCCUGCUGCGUCACCUUGACGAAAGCAUCUUAAACAACAAUGUAUUUUUGAGGCUGUCUAGGAAAGAGGCGCUUGUAAAUCCUGUCUAUGUGGGAAAUAUUGCUUGGGCUCAUAUUCAAGUGGCUAAAGCCAUGAGAGACCCAACAAAAGUAAAGCAGGUCCGAGGGCGGUUCUACUACAUCUCAGAUGAUACUCCCCAUGCAAGCUACUCAGACUUCAAUUAUGAGCUGACUAAGGAGUUGGGGUUUGGCGUUGAACCCAAACCUGUGAUGCCCGUCACACUUUUCUAUUACUAUGCUCUGUUCCUAGAGAUCGUGAGCUUCUUGCUCAAGCCUUUCUUCAGAUAUGUUCCUAGUAUCACUCGUUCCCUUGUACUGUUGCUCAACACCCCAUUCAGUUUUUCUUACAGGAAAGCACAAAGGGAUUUUAACUAUAGUCCCCGCUACACAUGGGAGGAAGCCAAGCAUCAUACAUGCCAAUGGAUUGCUGAGAUAACCCCACUGAGGGCAGCACACUUGAAAAGCAAGGCUACCUAAACGCCAGAACAGGAGCUAAAACAAAGGGAAUGGGAGGGGGGCAUCAGAGUAUCAAAAUGACUAAAAUGGGAAAACAUUGAAGUACCUGAGUAAACGAAAGAGAAAAAUUCCUCUGUGUUGUAUAUACAUUUGCCCCAUUAAAAUAUCAAAUGAGCCUCCCUCCUGACUGUUCGCCAUUUCUCAUGGGCCACUUUCAGUUCCUGUCAGCAUUCAAAAUCCCAACUCCAGAGUGCCCAAACUGUAGUGAGUUGUGAGAACAUUCAUUCUCCUAUGGGAAUGAACAGAGGAGCUGACAGGCCCAGUUUGUGGAGCACCUUUAAGCCCAUAGAGUUUUGCACUCAGGCUGAAUUAGUUCUACACACACCAGACAUCAUGGACAACCGUCCAAGGGCUUAUGCUCACAUCCCUCUAAACCUGGCCUGAACAUGUUACGGUAACUGUUUUUAUAUGACUCAUCCACAUGACGUUGCCUUUAUCUCAUCCCCAGGCCACGGCUGAGGCAGCUUGAAGUCAUUUUUAUCUCUUCCAGUUUUAAAGCAGUGUUUUUCCUCUUCUCCUGAGGCAAUAUUUGCCAGGGACACAAUCUAGUACAAUGUUUGUGAUGACGUGGCUGGCCAUGGGUCAGCCCAGCUCUGAAUCCCCACUUAGCUGGUUGUGGGAAUGUUCCCUCUCGUCCAGUCACUGCACAGUCUCUUUCAUAGUUGUAGAAGACAUUGAAUACCUGCUUUCUUCAGAGGCAGCUGCCUGUGUAAUAUUUGACCAGCA